CCGAAAGCAGUAACAACAAAUCUCCAUUCAAUUCCAAUCUUCUACAUCUUUAAACCCUCAACGAUUAAAUUAUUUUGAUGGAAGGAUUGGUGGGUUCACGGAUCAUUCCGAUUCGAGCUUCUUGUAGGCGGCAUUACUCUGCUUUUCUCCCUACAUUUUCCUUGCACAUCAGGAAAAACUUGAAUCAGGGUCAAGUUUGGAUGAUGAAACGUCCUAAGUCGUGUUCGUUUGCUGCUUCAAUUCAACCGUUUGAACCCUCAACUUCUGGCCACAUUGAUAAUAAGCAGCCUUCCAAAGAGGUUCUUAAGCUUUGGAGAAGUGCUGAUGCAGUGUGCUUUGAUGUGGAUAGCACAGUAUGCGUAGAUGAGGGCAUUGAUGAACUUGCAGAAUUUUGCGGGGCUGGAAAGGCUGUUGCGGAAUGGACUGCCAGAGCGAUGGGUGGUUCUGUUCCUUUCGAGGAGGCCUUAUCUGCCCGAUUAUCUUUAUUCAAACCCUCUCUAUCUCAAGUCCAGGAUUAUCUCGACAAAAGUCCCCCAAGGAUUUCUCCCGGCAUAGAAGAACUAGUCAAGAAGCUGAAGUCUAGGAAUACAGAUGUUUAUCUAAUUUCUGGGGGCUUCCGCCAAAUGAUCAAUCCUGUUGCAUCAAUCCUCGGAAUUCCACAAGAAAACAUUUUUUCCAAUCAGCUGAUCUUUGGAAGUUCUGGAGAGUUUCUGGGAUUCGAUGCUAACGAGCCUACUUCAAGGAGUGGAGGAAAAGCUACUGCUGUUCAACAAAUAAGAAAGGUUAAGGGAUACAAGGCAUUGGUCAUGAUCGGAGAUGGUGCUACUGAUCUCGAGGCCCGUAAACCAGGAGGUGCCGACUUGUUUAUUUGCUAUGCCGGUGUUCAACUGCGGGAACCCGUUGUGGCAAAAGCUGAUUGGCUGGUCUUCAACUUCGCUGAUCUUGUAAAUGCCUUGGAGUAACUUCCUUUCUUUCUGAUUUACAUGCCUUUUGCUUUUUCUGUUUUCCCAUAUAAGUUUCCUCCAAAUGAGCUUUAAGCAUUCAUCUAUGGUGUUGUUGUGAGUGUCGGAUACGAGUACGUGUUCGAGAUUAGUAUAUUUAACUGUUUCCAAGCUUUUCUAUGUAUUUGGAAGGCAUGUUUCGUAGCUGAAAAUGUCGAACGAGAGUGCGAAAAUACGAAGACUCAAAACAAAAUUAUUGAGGAAAAGAAAAGUUGG